CAAACUAUCUAUGGGUUGUGUGAGAAUUUCAGUGAGCUUUUAUACUCUAUAUUUCUUGAUUGUCAAAGAAAACUAACCAAUAGCAUUUUAACAGGGACUUAAUUAGCAUUAUGAAAAUGGGCUCAAUGAUACAUUUUUAUAUUUUAUAUUCUUAAUGAUUAUUAUAUUUCUCCGAAUGUUCGACCUAUAUAUUAUUUCUUUAUGUAUCAUCUCGAUCGAAUAAUUAUCAAUAAAAUUAAACGGGUUAAUAGACUUAAAAGUAACAUAAAAAUACAAAUAAUCAUAUAUGAGCAUUCUGGUCAAAGGACCGGGUUAUAAGCUAGUAAUAAAAUGAGUUGCUUCUGGGAACCGUCACUUGCAUACAUGUUUGGAGGACUUAGAAAACAGCACACAUUAGCCGCCCGAAUCUCUCCAUAUAAUCCCAUCUCAACUUACAUCUAACUAAAUAUUGAUCAGAGUUGGCCAUCGGUAUUUUCAAGUUUCAACAUAAAAAAAAAAGGUUAAUUAUGACUUCUUCAUUGGCGAUUGCUCUGUAUUUUCUUCUGGGAUGCAACAUCGUUCAUUUCACCGAAGGCACGGCCACCUGCAGCGGAGGAAAGUUGAAGUCCGGCGACCCUCUGGCGGCGGCGAGGAACAAGCUCUUCGGUUAUCUGAUCGCCAAGACUUUCGAUGCGCCCUACAAACAGUACUGCACUUGGUACCCUGCCACCACCAAAACCGGCGGCACCAAGUACGUAUACGGCCUCGCCAACUGUGCCUCGGCGUCCAAGAGCUGCGGCGGGAACUACUGCUCCACCACCGCCGCUCAGUGCUCCGCGUGUCUGACCACCGCUCGGAAACGUCUCGUCAAGGAGUGCGGGAAGAGGGUCGCCGGCUACGCUGUGGUUCUAGACAGCGGGAAACAGAUGCUGUGUAGCAUGCAAUUUACGGAUGCACACCUUUGCUCUUAACUAACUUAUUCCUUGAUAUGAUUGAUGUGAAAUUUCCCUAUUGUACGAUGUGGCUCCUUUGGGGUUCCGUUUUUUUCCUCAUUUCGGAUCAUAAAUAUUUCUCAAAAAACAUGAUGUGCGAAUCAAAUUCAUGUUUGAAUUGAAAUUGAGAUACUGAUGCUAAGUUCUUCAAUCUUUUGUGAAUUAAAAGUUAGGGGUACUACGUACUACGAGGAAUGUUGUAGUUCUCAAAAACCUGCAAAUUUUGUAUACUACAAAUUAAGGUAAUACCAGGUCUUGUGGCGGUUAAAUACUGAAUUUGACCUACCCCGUUGCUUAUAACUGUAGAAAUUGCGAAAGGUUCACCCCCAAUAAAUUAUUAUUACAUCU